AUGUUGCUCAGCUUGAUCACUUUCUGCUUUACAUUUAUUAUUAUUGGAGCUGAAAGGGUCGGUAACUGUGAAAUCACCAACCUUACAGAAGGAUGGACAGUUGAUUACUAUAACACUACUGUUUCAGACUGUGGAGGGACCACUUGUCUGGAAUUCCUUAACGUGUUAGAUGCUAGAACUUCCAAUUAUACUUUUUACAAUAUCAAAAAUAUAACUGCUGAAUACAUUUUUCCCACAAACAGAUCAAUUUAUGGCUACCUUUACGACGGUCAAUAUCUUAAACUUUAUUCUUUUGGUCUGAGAGCAACCGGAUAUUUUUAUGCUCCUCAAGAUGGUACCUAUACUUUCGCAUUUGAUUUGGCAGAUGAUGCUGCUGCACUUUAUUUGUACCCUUUUAGUGAUUUCAACUGCUGUGGAAGUAUCAGUAAACUAACAGGUUCCGUUCCUAUAUUGCUGGCAACAUACUUGGAUUUGCCAAAACCUGGUUAUCAGGUUACGUUAAAAAAAGGUUAUUAUCCUAUGAAGUUGAUGUAUAUCAAUUAUGGUUAUACAGGGCAGGGAAAGUUCCACGUCCGAUACCCAGAUGGUUCAUUGAAAACCAGUGAUAACUUACCAGGUUUUUCUAAUGGUUUGAUAAAUGGAUGUGUGAGAGCUACCACCACCAUUACAACACCAUGGACAGAAACCUAUCGUUCAACCACUACUGUAACUCCUACAGAAACUGGUGAUAUCACUGCUACUGUAAUUGUCGAAGUUCCCCCUUUAUCAACCACCACUAUUUCAGGAACAUCUCCAACCACUUACUUAACAACUUACACUACUGGUUCCGUUCCUACUAGUGAAUACGUCGUUGUAACCACAGAUGUCCCUGAUAUCCCUACAACUACCAUCCCAGGAACUUCUCCAACUACUUACUUAACAACAUACACCACUGGUUCAUUGCCAUCUACUGAGUAUGUUGUCGUUACCACUACUCCUGAAAUCCCAACCACCACCAUCCCAGGAACUUCACCUACCACCUAUUUGACAACUUACACUACUGG